AUGGCGCUGGACGCGUCAUGGAGUACGUGCCGCGCCCUCGAUGAGAGUACGUCAGGGUUGUCCUCCUCCCUCUUUUUCCAUGCGAGUGGGGCAGGCACAUCGCCUGCGCGUGGCGGCUUGCCGCCGUCGUCGCCGCCUGCGCGUCUCUCGCACUUAGCCUCUUCGUUUGCGUUGCAAGACGCCGAAUGGUCAUUUUUCGACGGCGUCAUUGCGCUUGUCCCACCUGGCUCCUCGAGCUUUGCUGAGCUGAAAGCGGCGUUUGAAGCGUGUCAGCAUGAGCCUGCCCUGUUACAGCCUGUCGUGACGGCGCUUGGUUCGCCUACGGCGACACCACAGGAAGCACGCCAUGCCGUCGAGGCUCGGCUAUGGAACACGCUGUUAUCACUUGUUCAAGUACGUGGACAUACAUGGUCCGAACGGUGGGAUGCGAUCCGCGUGGGAUCCGGCAAAGAGCCACGCGAGGAAAGCGAGGCUCCGCUUGGCCGCCCCCCUACCUUGGCCUCUGUGCCUGCGAUAGUGCCCGCCGCAGCGCCAGCCCCCGAAUGGCAGGAGAGCGAUACAUCUCUGGACGAAGGUGUGCUAGAGCCGCGUAUGCUGCCCAUUGCAUCGCUUCCGCCGCCCAUCCUGGCGCGACGCUUAGCGCUCUGGCACCGCGAGUCUCUUCGUGAGACCUUUCAUCACUGGCGCGAGCGCCGUUGGGCUUUUGUACGUAUGGACUCCCGAGCGAAAAACACGCAUUUCAAGCUGCAGCUUCUUCAGGUAUGGCUCCGGUGGCGCGCUCUACUUGUACGGCACCGACAUCGACGUCAUGCGGCCGACAUAUGGGCCACACACGCAUCGCAACAUCGCGCAUGGCACCGAUGGCGGCACGCAUUUGCGUCUCAUAUGCAUGAAAAGCGUCUGCAGCGCUAUCACGCUAUGCACGCGGCCUGUGCGUCGGUCGAAGCGCAACGAACUCACCGACUUGUCUCUAUCGCUUGGAUGUUAUGGCGUCGUGCAUUUAUGUACCGCGAAGCCAAACGACUCGACGCUCAGCGCCUUGUCCCUGUGGCGUGGCGGCACUGGCGUGAGCGCUGGGCCUAUCUUCGCACGUUACCGCAGAAAGGCGCCUUGCUGGUGUCGUAUACACAGCAGCACUUGUGCCAAUCGGCGUUUUUUGCGUGGCGCAUGCGGCUCGGUGAGCGCCGGCGGCACAUGUAUGCGUGUGAUGAGGCGGAGGCAUGGCAUCAAACACAGCUCCGCCGCAAGGCAUGGCGUCGAUGGCGUGCGCAGGGCCAUCGUCACGAGCGCUGGUCCUUGGACCAUGGCGAUCGUGUGCAGCUGCGUGUAUGGACACACUGGCGUCGCCGUGUUGAGACACGUCAAGCGCAGGCACGUACAGCUUCACACACGUAUGCGUGGCGCCUCACACUUCUGCUAUGGCGCUCCUGGCGUGCCAAGGCGCUUGCUAUAGCGGCCAAGCAUACUAUGGCGUUGCAAUAUACCCAAACGCACGACCUGCAUCAUGCAUGGAUGCACUGGCGUAGCGCUCUGCAUGUGCGACGCACAGCAGCUUCGUACGAAGCGUGGCGUAGGAUGCAGCACAAACGUGUAUGGCACGCCUGGCGCCUCGCCGUCUUGCAGCGACGACAUGAACGCAGCUCCCUGGCGCUGCUGACCUCGCACAUGGCGCUGCGCUCCCAACGCGAGGUAUGGCACGUGUGGCUUCAGCGCACACGCGAACGACAAUCGCAGAUCACACGUGCACAGCGAACGCAUGAACGCCUACUCCUUGUCCGUGUCUAUCGUACGUGGCGUGCGCGUUGGGCGCAGGUCCAAUCGCAUGUGCAUCUUGCCGAGCAAUGGCAUGACGCGCGGCAUGGGGCGCAGUCGCACGUUUGGCGUGCCGCCUGGACCGUGUGGCGCCUACGUACUCGUCAGGCGCAGGCAUGGCAUGCAUGGGAGCAAGCGCACGCGCAGCGGCGUCUUCGUGGCGCAUGGCAAGCAUGGCGCGAUGCAUGGAUCGAAUGGCAUUUGCGUAGCGAAGAAUGGUCCACGUUGGCUGCACGGCGGACGUAUAUGCUUCGUGCCUGCUGGGAGCGAUGGCGCGCACGCGCGCACGUCCUUCGACCGCUGCAGCGUACGCGCCGUCGUCUUCUGACACUCGCAUGGGCCCGCUGGCGUGCGCAGUGGCGGACGGCGCAGCACCAAUCCCAUGCACACGACUUUCUUUACGCUACGCUGGGCCGCGAUGCGUGGGAGGUAUGGCGCACGGUAGCGCAACGACGACGUCAACGGCGGAUUUUGGCGUACGUAUACAUGCCACGCUAA